CGGAGUAAUAUCGAAAAUUAUGGCCGUUGCGCAUAGUCUCCUCAAGAGACUGUGUCGCGAAGCGAAAAUUCCACCUCCUCGCACCGAGAAAUCGCUGCGGAUAUCGUCGCGAAAAGCGAGUCUACAUGGUAGUCUGCCGGAUUCAGAUUUUGCGACUGGUGUCAAUCUCAUUUAUUAUAAAUGCAAUAACGAAACUCCUGCAACGAUCGCCUACCCUAUCACAGCGCCAAAAGAGAUGUUAAAAGUGUUAGAAGAUAAGCGGACAAUCUUUUACAUCUUUGGAUAUACGCAAUCUCCGGAAAACGAAUAUGUCCAGUUAAUGAUGGAAGCACUCUGUUAUGAAAGAACGGACAACAUUGUGUUACUCGAUUGGAGUAAAUAUUCUAAGGACACUUACUGGAGGUCUUUCCAAAACGGCGAAAAAGUAGGCAGUUUGUUCGCACAAAGUAUACGACUGCUUAUAAAUAGCGGCCUCGAUAUAUCAAAGAUUUAUAUCGUCGCGCACUCCUUGGGUGCCCACAUAGCUGGUUUUGCCGGUAAAUGCAACGACUUUGUAAUACCUCGCAUCACAGGAUUGGAUCCCGCAAAUCCUUUGCUAUUUCCUUUCGGAUGCUAUCUCACGCCCACAGAUGCAGCGUGGAUCGAUAUCAUUCAUACGGACAUGGGAAUAAUUGGCACUGCCACCUCUAUGGGAACAGCGGAAUUUUACGUAAACGGUGGUAUUCGCCCUCAACCUGGUUGCAAGUUAAUUGGCUUACCAUUAAUCAACACCGCUAUUUGCAGUCAUGAAAGAUCAGUCGUACUGUAUGCAGACUCGAAACGUCACCCUACAGAAUUUAUUGCGGUACAGUGUCCUUCCUAUGCUGAUUAUAAAGAAAAUAAAUGCAAAGGCAACCGGCAGACUUAUGUUGGAUAUGCUGCAUCGAAUGUACGCGGAUCAUUUUAUCUCCAUACAGGAGCUUUAUAAUGAAAACUAUUUGUUACACUUAAAACCGUUUCAUUAUUUUGAGAAAAAUGAGAGUCUAAUAUUUAAAAAUAUAUUAUUUUCUGUAACAAAAACAAAUAUAUAU